UUGUUUUCCUGUCUAGUAGGUUGAAGUGAGCUGAUCAGGGAGGUACCGAAAAUUUCGGAAAAUUUGUUCUGUAUUAAUAAGUGGAGACUCUAGUGUUAUUAUAAUUGAAAAAUGCGUGAAAUUGUUCACAUACAAGCCGGCCAGUGCGGGAACCAGAUUGGAGCUAAGUUCUGGGAAGUGAUAUCUGACGAGCACGGCAUCGACCCGACGGGCACGUACCACGGCGACUCGGACCUGCAGUUGGAGCGCAUCAAUGUGUACUACAACGAAGCCACCGGCGGCAAGUACGUGCCUCGAGCCAUCCUCGUGGACCUGGAGCCAGGCACCAUGGACUCCGUCCGCUCAGGACCCUUCGGACAGAUCUUCCGCCCAGACAACUUCGUGUUCGGCCAAUCAGGCGCCGGCAACAACUGGGCGAAAGGACACUACACUGAAGGCGCUGAGCUGGUGGAUUCGGUUCUGGAUGUGGUCAGGAAAGAAGCGGAAGGAUGCGACUGUCUGCAAGGGUUCCAGCUGACGCAUUCCCUUGGAGGAGGCACAGGCGCUGGACUCGGGACGCUACUGAUCUCGAAAAUUCGAGAGGAAUACCCCGAUCGUAUUAUGAAUACGUUCAGUGUGGUGCCAUCGCCCAAGGUGUCUGAUACGGUGGUCGAACCCUACAAUGCGACGCUGUCGGUGCAUCAGCUGGUGGAAAACACUGACGAGUCCUACUGCAUCGACAACGAGGCCCUCUACGACAUCUGCUUCCGGACGCUCAAGCUCACGACGCCCACUUACGGGGACCUGAACCAUCUGGUUUCUGCCACCAUGUCUGGAGUGACCACCUGCCUGCGGUUCCCUGGUCAGUUGAACGCCGAUUUAAGGAAGCUGGCGGUCAAUAUGGUGCCGUUCCCGCGGCUCCACUUCUUCAUUCCUGGGUUUGCUCCGCUGACUUCCAGAGGCAGCCAGCAGUACAGAGCUCUGACGGUCCCCGAGUUGACGCAGCAGAUGUUUGACGCGAAGAACAUGAUGGCGGCGUGCGACCCGAGGCACGGGAGGUACCUGACGGUGGCUGCUGUCUUCCGCGGCCGGAUGUCCAUGAAGGAAGUAGACGAGCAGAUGAUGAACAUCCAGAACAAGAACUCCUCCUACUUCGUGGAGUGGAUCCCGAACAACGUGAAGACAGCCGUGUGCGACAUUCCUCCUCGUGGGUUGAAGAUGUCUGCCACAUUUAUCGGCAACUCCACGGCAAUUCAGGAGUUGUUCAAGCGUAUCUCUGAGCAGUUCACGGCCAUGUUCAGGCGUAAGGCGUUCCUCCACUGGUACACGGGUGAGGGUAUGGAUGAGAUGGAGUUCACGGAGGCGGAGAGCAACAUGAACGACCUGGUCUCCGAGUACCAGCAAUACCAGGACGCCACGGCGGAGGAGGAGGGCGAGUUUGAUGAGGAAGAGGAGGGGGGCGACGAGGGAGACUAGGCGUAGUAUUUUGUAUUGUUACAAGGUAUUCUAUGUUUUUUGUAAGUGGUUUUGUUUUAAUAAAAACUGAUAAUGAGAA